AGCAGAUAUUUCCGACAGCCAUGAAGCAGACACAGGCACAGCCGCGGUAUCCCUGACUGUUGUUCAUGUUCCCACCUGUAGAGUGGCUGGGAGUUAAAACAAAAAAUCUUCUGGAAAGUCCUGUAUUUGAACAGCCUGCUAACUAGCUAAACACUUAGCAACCGACAAUUUGAGCAACAUUUUUCUAACUUUAAAAACUAAUAUAUCGGAUACAUGUUCACUACGGUGGUCUCUCUAAACUUUCGCUGUUUCUGUAACUUGUUAUGGACAAAUUUCGUGCCUUAGCAGUUAGAGAAAAACUCAGUUUAGUGAGAAAAGUUAGCUUAGCAUCCGUCGCUCUAACACAAACACAAAAGCCCAGCCUCCCCUGAGCCUUGCUUGGACGACAGAAGUUUAACUUUACUCCCUGGUAAAAGGGCCUCAUCUGCACGUUUAAUGCGUUAUAUCUUCAGCUCAAUGUAGCUCUUUUUAUUCAUGUAUAAUAUCGACUGAAAAUAAUCGUUUUCGAGACGUUUUAUGCAGUUCUCCAAAAUAAAAACAAUCAAAAUGUCCAUCCUUGGAUUGAAGAAGAAACAGCCAAAGACUUUCAAAGUUAAAGUCAUCACUAUGGAUGCUGAGAUGGAGUUCAGCUGUGAGGUCAAAUGGAAAGGUAAAGACCUGUUUGACCUGGUGUGUCGUACAGUUGGUUUGAGGGAGACCUGGUUUUUUGGACUCAGGUACACCGUGAAGGACACCUACGCCUGGCUCAAACCAGAGAAACGGGUUUUGGACCAGGAGGUACCUAAGGACUUCCCCAUAACGUUUCACUUUCUAGCGAAAUUCUUCCCUGAAAAAGUGGAAGAAGAACUGGUCCAAGAAAUCACCCAACACCUAUUUUUCUUACAGGUGAAAAAACAGAUAUUAGAUGAAGAGAUAUUCUGUUCCCCUGAAGCCUCAGUCCUUUUGGCAUCAUAUGCUGUCCAGGCAAAGUAUGGGGAUUAUGACCCAAACUUUCACAAGCCGGGCUUUCUUGCACAAGAUGAGCUGUUGCCAAAAAGGGUUCUGAUGCAGUAUCAAAUGACAGCGGACAUGUGGGAGGAGAAGAUCACAGCUUGGUACGCUGAACACCGAGGCAUCGCCAGGGAUGAAGCUGAGAUGGAAUACCUAAAGAUUGCUCAGGACCUUGAAAUGUACGGUGUUAGCUACUUUGCCAUUACUCAAAAUAAAAGGGACACAGACCUUUUACUGGGUGUUGAUGCUCAGGGUCUUCAUAUCUACAACCCCAACAACAAACUCAACCCAAACAAGUCUUUUCCCUGGAGCGGGAUCCGCAAUAUCUCCUAUAGUGAAAAGGAGUUCACAAUUAAACCUCUAGAUAAGAAGAAAGACGUUUUCAAGUUCUACUCAUCUCAGCUGCGUGUCAACAAACUGAUCCUGCAGCUAUGCAUCGGGAACCAUGAUCUGUUCAUGAGGAGGAGGAAGGUGGAUUCAAUCGAAGUGCAGCAGAUGAAGGCUCAAGCUAAAGAGGAGAAGGCCCGCAAGAAGAUGGAGCGUCAGAUCUUGGCACGGGAAAAGCAGAUGAGAGAGGAAGCAGAACGGGCAAAAGAGGAGAUGGAGCGAAGACUUUUCCAGCUGCAGGAUGAGGCGCGACUUGCCAACGAGGCACUGCUGCGAUCUGAGGAGACAGCAGACCUGCUCGCGGAGAAGGCCCAGAUUGCUGAGGAUGAGGCCAAGCUUUUGGCCCACAAAGCUGCUGAAGCCGAGCAGGAACGACAGAGGUUAGAGGUCACAGCCAUGAAGACCAAGGAGGAGAAACGGCUGAUGGAGCAGAAGAUGAGGGAGGCGGAGCAGCUGGCUGUAAAGCUGGUGGAGCAGUCUGAGAGGAGGCUGAAAGAAGCAGAUCACCUAAAGCAAGACCUGACUGAAGCAAAGGAUGCUGAGCGUAGAGCCAAGCAGAAGCUCCUGGAGAUCACCAAAACAACAUACCCUCUCAUAGCAGCCUACGCUACUCCCCCUGCUCCCCCUGAACCUGCCGACUUCAGCUAUGAUUCAGCGUCGUCACGCCUCGACUUCAAGGACUCGGACAUGAAGAGGCUGUCCAUGGAGAUCGAGAGAGAGCGGCUGGAGUACAUGGAGAAGAGCAAACACCUGCAGGACCAGCUGAAGGAACUGAAGUCAGAGAUCGAGUCUCUGAAGCUGGAAGAGCAGCAGCAACAGCAACAGGCCAGCAUGUACAGCCUCCCCAAUGAGGCCAGAGGAUAUAUCCCAGAACCUGUAUACAUACCUCACAACAACCGAAACUCUGCAUACAUGUCUCAGAUGGCCUUCUUUGAAGAAGUGUGAUGAGAACAAAGAGGCAUCUGCUGCUGCGAAUUUGCCUUCCCUCUGUUGUAUUUUACCUGACUGAGAGCAGCAACAGAGAGAGACCUGCACAACUGUUUUUGUCUUGAAAAGACUUUGAAUCUGUCCUCAGCAAACAGACACUCCUUGCUAUGCUGCAGCAACUUCGCCAUUUCUUUCACACCCAAAGAACAAAGCAGUGUGACACAUUGUACAGUGAUCCAGGUUGUGGUGCUGAAGAUACAUUUUUGGACAGGCUUUAUUUUUAUGUGUUUUGCAGCAGCUUUUGGAUAAACCCUAACUUUAUGACUAUCUUGCUAAGAUUUAGUCGAAUGAUUAAGUUGCUCUAAAACAGCUCUGGUCUGUCAGAAAAGUGGAAAAGAACAAAUAUAAGGCUGUCUUAUGGUAUAUGAUACCAUGACUUUAACAGAUCAGAUCCUAUGUGCUCUGUUGAUAAAUAUACACAUUUUUAACUGCUCCUUCUUGGGGCUUGAAUGAUGCAACAAACAUUGUUAGCCCUGCUUUAAAAAAAAACAUAGUUGGGUGCACAUGUUUUUAUACUAGGAUUCUCUCUAAUUCACACAGGGUCAAGUAUAUACACACACACCCACUAAUAUUUGGAUAAAUGUCCAACGUUGCAGAGAAAACACAGUUUUUGUUGGCAUCAAAAAUCCUCUGGCAAUUUCUGGCUGGAUAUUAAACCACUCUUCUUGG